AUGACUUCCAAUCAAAAUAAUUCAAAAACGCAAUUAUGGAAAAAGAAGAUAGAGCAAUUGCUGUUUUUGAAUAAAGUAUGUGGCGUGUGCUUAACGAAUAAACAGGAGAUGAUGCACUGUAAUGAUAUUUAUCGCAUAGAAACUGAAAAUUCCGCUAAGGAAUAUUUGUUGAAGGAUAUAAUUGAUGAUACAUUUGGACACCAGGUCUCAAACCUCCUGGCAGCAUCAUAUCUCUGCAGCACAUGUGUCACAAAUAUACUGAAAGCUCAUCGUAUGAUAAGUGACAUUCGUUACAACUACAAAGUUCUUCACAAAUAUUUCACUAUCAUAUCAGGACAUGCAGAACACAGUAUUUCAAUGAAAAAUGAGCAGAAACAAUUGAUGUUAACGAUAGACAACGUUACGAGUCUCAAUGUGCCAUCUACGGUCACUGUAGCCGACCAGUAUAACGAGAAUGGAAAUGUAACACAAAUAUUUUUAUGUGAAGUAGAUGAUUUAGACUUGUCCAAUAAUCUAGAAGAGCAAGUAAAUAAUUAUUUGAAAUAUGAAUGCCCAUAUUGUGGUAAACAGAUCAAUGAUUAUCAAUCUCUUAAAACACAUUUAGUUAGCCAUUCUGAAACAGCAUUUAAGUGUCCAAAAUGUGGGAAGAAGUUCAGUGUUUUUGAAAAAUAUAUUAAUCACAGAGACAAAGAUCAUUCAGAAUCUGUUUCAUUUUGUAACACAUGUCAAAUUAUUGUUCACGGGGAAGGUAUAGAAGAACAUGAAAAUGUUCAUAACGAUCAAACAUUUAUUUGUGACACCUGUAAAGAAACUUUUAUGACUAAAUCUGCUUUAGAACGGCACAUUUCAACAAUUCAUGCACACGUCCAAUGCCAAUAUUGCUUUAAAGACUUCAUCAAUGAAUUCAAGCUAAACCAUCAUAGAUGUCUUUUUAAAUGCUUAGAAUGUGUGGACAAUUGUUUUCAUGAAGAAUAUUUGGCAUCCUACAGAGAGCAGUACUUGGCAAUGGAGAAGAAAUUCAAAUGUAUCAAAUGUGAUUUCAUGUAUUUGACAAGGAGUCAACUAAUCUGUCACGCCAAUGAGGAACAUUUGUUACAUUUUCCAUUUUUAUGUGACUUGUGUGGAGAUAAUUUUCCUUCCAAACCGCAUCUUACAGCGCAUAUGUAUAAGAAACAUGUUGAUAUAGACAUUCUUAACCCAACAAAAAAUGGCUUUGAUGAAUGUACUACAGAAUGUGAUCAAUGUGGAGAUCAAUUUGAUUCUGAAGUAGCUUAUUGCAAGCAUAUGAGAAAACAUUUAAGUGAACAAGCUCAAUGCUUGUAUUGUUUAAACACUUACAGCAACAUAGCACGCUUAAAUUUGCAUUUAAAGAUUAAACACCCCGAAGAAUUAAACAACAAAAGUUUCAUUUAUCAAUGCACUAUGUGCCCAGAAGAUUUUAAUUCACGACCAGAAUUCCUGAAUCAUAUUGCUUCUCAUCCGGAAGGUACUGAACACAAGUGCCGUACUUGUGGGGAUACAUUUCCUUCAAAGAAUGUAUAUUUCUCUCAUGUUCGAAAGCAUACAAUUAACUAUGAUAGAGAAUGUCCUAUAUGUUUUAAAAAGUAUACUAAACAUACUAUUGCUAGACAUUUAAAAUCACACAUGAGAGAAAGCAAGACAGAAAAAUCAUCAGACUCGUAUAAAAAAGGAAAACAAAUCUCAUGUGACGUAUGUGGUAUUUCUUUGCACAAUGAAAAAGCAUUAAUAAAACACAGUCAAGAACAUAGUGAGUGUCAACAAUGUGUACAUUGCAACAAAAUUGUGAGCUUUGUAUUGUACAAGAAACAUUUACGAACACACAAUUUGAUUGAUGGGAAAAGAUGGAAAGUUUGUAAAUCAUGUCCUUACAAAACAAAAUUCUCUGUAUGUUUAGAAGCUCAUGUUAACAGAUUCCAUUUACAAGUACGUCCUUACGAGUGCACGAUUUGCAGAAAGAAUUUUUAUUCAGAUUAUACAUUGAGAGGUCAUUUAUCAACUCAUAAUUCAGAACGACCAGAGUUAUACUGCCACAUAUGUGGUAAGAAGUUCAUAAGUAAAAAAGCUCUGGUAUUGCAUACAAGGUUACAUACGGGCGAAAAGCCUUACCCGUGUGAAUUAUGUGAACAAAGGUUUUUGUCUGCUAGUAGGAGACGACAACAUAUGAUUCGGAAGCAUUUUGAACCGAGCGUAAAAUGCGAACUCUGUCACAAGACAUUUUAUACUAAAAGUGAUUUGAGGAGGCAUGUAGGAGACUGCCAUGGCGGGGGAGAAGUGAAACGGAAGAGAGGGAGAAAAUCGGAGAAUGUUCAAACUUCUAAUGCUGACUAAUAUAUUAUAUUCUUUAAAAUAUCAAUUUGUUGCAUUUUCAGUAGUAAAAUUUUCGUUCGGACAGACUAAAGCGUCUAAAGCCUUAGUGCCUGAUAAUGCACUUUCAAAGAUAACAGUAUAAUACAUACACUUAACAUUUUUCAUUUGUUUAUUUACUGUUUACUAAGUACUAUACAAAGUUUUGAUUUCAGCAACUUAAAUUGCAAAGAGAAGAAAAUAUAAAAUCUAGUUUCAAUUGAAUGAGACAGUUUUUAUUUACAUUGUCUACACCUACAGGAUAGAUUCUGUAUAUUACUAAAUCUAUGGUCUACACAUAGUUAUAUAGAUUUAAACAAGAUCAUUGUAUUUAAAUGUAUACCUUGCCA